AAUAAAUAAUCAAAUUUUUGUGGGCAAAUUUAAAUUUUCUACUUAUUAAUUUUAAAGUUACUUUUUACUACUUUUUUAAAAUUAAAUUUUUGGUAAGGAGCCUACUGGUAUACGUACGGGAAAAACGAGGAAUUGAAAAAAAUAUCCGUGAAUUUUUGGAAAAUUUCGCUAAUUCUUUAAAAAUCUAUAAAAACCCAGAGAAAAAUAUUAUUUAAACAAAAUAUAUUUUAUUUGAGUGCGAUUCCAUGAGAGAUCACAUCGAACUAGCAGUUUCGAGAAGACAAGCCAUGCUUAUCGAGCUAUGGGGGACAUCCCAAACGUUAGUGUCGUGAAGAGCAGUCCAAUCGACCUAAUUGGGGGAACCAAUCGAAAUAGCAGUGUCGUGAAGAGCAGUCCAGUCGACCUAAUUGGAGGAGCCAAUCCAAGUAGCAGCUUCAGGGAGACGAGCCAUGCUAGUCGAGCUAGAGGGACAUCCCAAACGACAGUCGUGAAGAGCAGUCCAGUCGACCAAAUGGGGGGAACCUAUCGAAAUAGCAGUGUCGUGAAGAGCAGUCCAGUCGACCUAAUUGGGGGAGACAAUCCAAGUAGCAGCUUCAGGGAGACCAGCCAUGCUAGUCGAGCUAGAGGGACAUCCCAAACGACAGUCGUGAAGAGCAGUCCAGUCGACCUAAUUGGGGGAGCCAAUCCAAGUAGCAGCUUAAGGGAGACCAGCCAUGCUAGUCGAGCUAGGGGGACAUCCCAAACGACAGUCGUGAAGAGCAGUCCAGUCAAUUUAAUGGGGGAGCCAAUCCAAGUAGCAGCUUAAGGAAGACCAGCCAUGCUAGUCGAGCUACAGUACCGUCCGAAAUUGGGGACAUCCCAAACGACAGUCGUGAAGAGGAGUCCAGUCAAUUUAAUGGGGGAGCCAAUCCAAGUAGCAGCUUAAGGAAGACCAGCCAUGCUAGUCGAGCUAGAGGGACAUCCCAAACGACAGUCGUGAAGAGCAG